CACGGUUAUCCGCAUAGUUAUGCAUUUAGUUGUUAGCAAAGUGAUGAAACUAAUUUAGCUGAUAAAUAGUGGUCUAAUGAAUCAUGCUGGUGGCAGCUUCAUGAAUGAUUGAUCAAACUUCGAUAGUCAUAAGAUUCAAAUGGUACUGAACAACCAUAGUGUAAUAUCAGAAGACACAUCAGCUAUUCAACUAUUUGUUGUCCCACAAUGAUGGGGCAAAAGGAACAGGCUCGCAUGCAAAUGCUGGCUCAAUGAUAAGAGUAGUGGCAGUGCUGGAACAUUGUAUAACAAAAAGACAUGUGAGAGCUAUUUAAAUUUCGAUGAACGUGGCAGUUCAUCUUUCUUUAUGGGGGGAGGUGUUAGGUCACGAGACCUAAAAUGGUCACUGCAGCGUCAGUGUACUACUGCGUGAUUAUAUAAAAGAAACAUUUCCAUUCCAGGAAAUGUAUUUCAUAUAGUCACUAUCUCAUCAUGUCAUCCUGUGACACCAUUGUAUAUAUUACAUCAUGUUUUUCUGUUACGUUUUUUCUUUCUUUCUUUCUUCCUUUCUCGCCUAUAUAUACGCAGGACAUAUACUGUAUGAGAGGGGUGCCUUUGCUUUCUUAAUAAAACAUUUGUACAUACAAGUGAAGAUUAAAACAAGUCAGGUGGAACCUAACAUUGUUAAUUAACACGAUGUACAUAAUCUGAAUAAGUACCUUGACAACUAUCGUAUAAUGAGAACUAGUUGACUAAAAUGUGAACUUUCUCUUUCUCACGUUCACCUGCUCAUAAAAAUCUUUACAUAUCGCGUAGGCCAAAUAAAAGUUCAACUUGACUGAGUUUAAUUUUGAUCUUAAUGUAUACACACGAAAAAAAAAGAGGAUUAACAUGCGUCGUUUUACCUUGUACACAUCACAUGAAUUCAAUUUGAAUUAAUUCUUCAUCGUAUACUGUAUACAAGGCCUUUCUCUUUUCACAUAUAUCUAUAUAUUUGUUAGGUAAAGGAGAUACAUUUUAUUUUUUUUUGUGUUGAAUAAAUAGAAAUAUGCCGUUUCUUCAAAAACAAUUAAUUAUAUUGAUUGUAAUAUUAAUCAAUUCCAUCAAUAUCGGCACAAAUCCUAUUGAAUUAACUGAAACUCAAUUGAUAUAUAACACAACAAUGGAUGAAUAUCCAAAGUUACGAAAUAAGUUGAAAACAGGCAAGCAACAAUCAAAAAUUGAAAAACGAUUUCUUUCUUCAAGCUUUAAUAACAACAGAUGGAUUGAAAAUAUUAUUACAAUUGCUGGUGGAAAUGGAAAAGGGAAUCAAUCAAAUCAACUUAUGUUUCCUCAAGGUAUUUAUAUUGAUUAUGAUAGUCAAGUGAUUUAUAUUGCCGAUUCGGAAAAUCAUCGAAUAAUUAAAUGGAGAUUUAAUAAUACUAAUGGAGAAAUUGUUGCAGGUGGAAAUGGAAAAGGAAAUGGAAUUAAUCAACUGGAUUCUCCAAAAGAUGUUGUUUUUGAUAAGAAAUCUAAUUCACUUUUUAUUUGUGAUACAGAAAACCGAAGAAUUGUUCAAUGGUUUAAUCAAAUAAACAAAAAUCCACAAAUAAUUACUUCUGAUAUUACUUGUUGGAGCAUUAAAAUCGAUCGAAAGAAUAAUCUUUAUGUUUCUGAUUACGAAAAACGUCAAAUAAGACGAUGGAAAAUAGGAGAAAAUCCAAGAACAGACGGAAUAUUAGUGGCAGGCGGAAAUGGACAAGGUGAUCGUCUUAAUCAAUUAGCUUUUCCUACUUCUAUCUUCGUUGAUCAAGAUUAUACAAUUUAUGCAGCAGAUGGAUGGAAUAAUCGUAUCAUGAAAUGGAUAAAAGAUGCAAAAGAGGGCAUUAUUCUUGCUGGUAGAAAUGGUAAAGGAGAUGGUUUAACACAAUUACAUUUUCCUCAAGGACUAAUUGUUGAUCAUUGGGGUCAAAUUUAUGUAGCUGAUGGAGCGAAUAAUCGAGUAAUGCGUUUUUCAAAUGAAUCUAGUUACGGUGUGAUUGUCAUGGGAGGUAAUGGGCAAGGAAAAAAAUUAAAUCAACUGAUCUGGCCCAGCGGUUUAUCAUUUGAUCGAGAAGGUAAUCUAUAUGUUGCUGAUUGGGGUAAUCAUCGCAUACAAAAGAUUCGAAUCAAUUGA